CUGGCGCAACACACAUGGCCGCUUACGGUGUUUGGGUUUUUCCUCGGAAGAAAGUAACAAGGUCUCGAAGUGAAAAUUGUGUUCACUGAACCAUCACAGCCAUUGUAGCCGAAACCUCUCUUUCACCAGAAUGAAUUUAAACCAACGUUGGUGAAGCUAAAAGCCAGGCUGGGACAGCCGCAGCUCCGGCCGUGUGGGUGUGAUGUCCUUACCCUGCAGCAUAUUGAGAAAGUCACACUGCAGGAAGAAGCCCAACCCCAGGUGCACCUCGCCGACCGCCCACCACAAAGUGGCGCACCUCGCUGCCCACCCUGAGAAACAUAAACAUGGCUGACACUGGGGCCAGUAGUGAUGGAGGAGGGAUGGAUGUGAGGAGUGAACCCACUCAACAGGAGGUUGACGAAGGAGACCUCACUUCCGCCAAACGUGCCCGACUGUGUGAUGAAGAACAAGAGCAGGAUUUGACCCCAGACCCUCCUGAGAUGCAUGGAGAUGCACCAGGACAAGCAAACACGGAGCAGGAAGACCAACAAGCGCCCCUUCAUGCCGACGAUGGAGUAAGCUUGGAGGUGAAGACAUCGAUUGACAACACCAAGAUGCAAGAGUGCCAUCAUCAAAAUGGCAACGGUGGCCAUGAUGCUCUGCUCUCAGUGGAAGGAGAGAUGCAACCAGAAGGGGAGGACGAGGAGAACCGUAAUGUGUCUGUACACGACCCACAAGAAGUUCAACACCUUGCCUUAGACUUCUCCCAGACCCCCCAGGUACUGACUAGCUCCUGGACUGAAUACUCCAACUUCCCGGAGAAUUACCUCAAAGGUUGCAAAUGGGCUCCGGAUGGUUCCUGCAUCCUUAGCAACAGUGCAGACAAUGUGCUCCGCGUGUACAACCUUCCACCAGAGAACUGGGAUGUGCUGGCCGAGAUGAGUCCGGUGCUGAGGAUGGCCGAAGGAGACACCAUCUACGACUACUGCUGGUACCCCAAGAUGAACUCGAUGGACCCCGACUCUUGCUUUCUGGCCAGCAGUAGCCGUGACAACCCAGUCCACAUCUGGGAUGCCUUCUACGGGGAGGUGCGAGCCAGCUUCCGGCCCUACAACCACCUGGACGAGCUGACAGCCGCCCACUCGCUCUGCUUCUCCCCGGACGGCUCGCAGCUCUACUGCGGCUUUGACAAAGCAGUCCGCGUCUUCUACACGGACCGACCAGGGCGAGACUGUGAGGAGCGGCCCACCAUAGUGAAGAAGCAGGGCGGCCAGAACGGCAUUAUAUCCUGCAUCGCCUUCAGCCCAUGCCAAUCACUCUACGCCUGCGGCUCGUACAGCCGCUGCGCUGGCCUCUACUCAUGCCAGGACGGCACCCUGUGUGCCCUGUUGCCCACCCGCCACCACGGGGGGCUCACCCACUUGCUCUUCUCACCUGAUGGCAACUACCUGUACACGGGUGGACGCAAGGAUCCAGAGAUUCUGUGCUGGGACCUUCGAGAGCCAGGUCAAGUGGUGUUCUCCUUCAAACGGAACGUGGCAACCAAUCAGCGCAUCUACUUUGACCUCGACCCCUCGGGCAGGUACCUGCUGAGCGGGGACACAGAAGGAAUGCUAUCCAUGUGGGACACCAGUGUGACGCAGCUCAGUGGAAGUGAGGAGCUGCUGCAGCCUCAGCUCAGGUUCCAGGCCCAUUGGGACUGCACCAAUGGAAUCAGCAUCCAUCCCUUCAUGCCACUCCUUGCCACGUCCAGCGGCCAGCGCCAGUUCGGUUGGCCCAGCGACGGCGACACUGACUCUGACGGUGAGGAUGGCGACACCGCCAUCUCCACCGCCACCUCACCACAGGCAGGCCGCCAAGACAACAUGCUGCGUCUGUGGUGGGCCGGACCGUGCAGCAGCCCUCCCUUAAAGGAGGAGCAGGGACACAAUGCGGCGGCGACGGAUGCCUGAGGUGACCAGGGGUGAACUAUUAAGAAGCUUUGUGCACAACUUCCUCUGCCAAUAAGGAAGCAGGUAAGCUUCCUUCACUAAAGAUGCACAUGAGGACAUUUAUGGGAGAAAGGUUAUAUUUUUAUGAAACUUUUUGUUAUGUAUAUUACACGCUGAAGUCUAUUUUGUACUCAGCUGCACGUCAUAUUAGUUGUGUCUACGUUUCAGGACAUUCAUACCGUAAGUGAGCCUUUAAAAAUCUUAUUUUUUUUAAGGAAAACUGGAAAAUUGGGGUGCAUUCGUAUGCUCCUAAUCAAAAUUUGUAGACCAGUUAAAAAAACAAACCAAAAACACAAAUAAAAAUACAGUUUUCAAAACAGAACUCUCUAAUAAGUAGCUGUGCCAUUCUUGUUGAUCUCUUCAAAAUUGAUUUUGGCAUGCUUAAUGCCAGUGUUUACAGGAAGCUAGAUGAACUCAUGUCCAUUUUUGUAACCUUCCCUUCCCAAAUGUUCUCAAUGGGAUUUAGAUCAGGACAACAUGAAGGAUGGGCCAAACGAGUGACGUUAUUUUUCUGGAAAUAACGUGGGAGGAAACCGGAGUACCCGGAGAAACCCCACGCAUGCACGCGGAGAACAGAUCCAACAAUGUAAAUUGUAAAUUCUUGCAAUAUUUCAACUAACCAGGAGUGUAUGUGCAAUCCCACAAAGUCUGUUCCACAUGUACACGGCUGUUAAUUUGUCUGCUCCACAUACUAUAUACAUACCAUAACCAUAUGAGAACACAUUCACUGGCAGUGUUUAAAUCAAUCAGUGAAUCACCAUUAGCAACUCAACUAUAUCUGAAGUGUGCCCAUUUUUACUAUAUUUAUAUUUAUAUGUAGAAAGAUAAGGUAAAUGACAAGGCAUACAUACAAAUGUAUAGAAUCUUGAACAGCUCAAUGUCAAUCAAGCUAAAAUAUACCACACAAGUCUAAAAAUGUUUAAUACUAAUCACUAAUAGUAGCACAUUUGAAUCACACUUGUAAACUGUGGUUGCGUUCAAAAACAUCACAUAGUUUAUUGUACAAAGUGAGUGAUAUCCACUUCAUUUUUUACAUUAUUUACACACACACACUUAUUUACACACACAUUAUAAAGUCAUUUUUGUGAUGUUCGGAGUGUCCCUGAAUGCAUCUCGCAUUGUUAUGAGAAUAACAAAGUGUCACUCCCAGGAUGAACGCAAAGGAGACACGUGUGAGUCGGAGAUACAUGCAGUAUGUGGUGUUGGAAUCGUACUGCUGCUGAUGUGUUCGGGUCAGAAUGAAGUGUGAAAAGAGCGUCAGACUCUGUGUGACUGUGUGGGGAACGCUCCACUGUGCUUCCGUCUGCCAUCAUAACAGAGGCAUGCUUGCUCUGGUGCAAAAACCAUUAAUUGUAAAGGCAUUUUUACCAGUCAUGUAUAGCAUGAGGACAUGGCUUAAAGUUUUUGAUGAAGUUUUAACACUUAUCAGUUUGCCACCGAUGACGUCUUAAAUGCGGGGCGCAGUGACCGCUCUACUAAGCAAUUAAAAAGGCACAUUUCUUGACAAUCUUUGUGUUCUUGUGUAUCGAAGAUGCUUUGUGAAAGAAGAUACCCGACAGCCACGGGGAUGGA